AUGUAUCCCUUUACACCAACCCAUAUUCGAAAGAAAGCAGAUAAGACUACAAUCCCCGAAACACCCCAACCCAUCGCACAACACAGCACACAAUCGCAACUCCCCGCAUCCCGCGUCAAACCCACUCAAGACGGACCUAACCCUAAUCUCCCAAAUACCCAACACCUAGUCCUAACCGAAUACAGAAUCGCAAACUGGUUUUCCGACACCCAAUUCCUAAGUAUGGGUGUGCUUCUCAUUCAAGCCCCAUAUUCAUAUACAGAUCUUGUCGAUGCGAUUAGAAGCCGCUCAAGCAAUUGGGAAGAUGUUCCGUUGAAGUGUAGAGUGGAAAGUAUUGCAGUGAGAUGGGAGAUUGAUCAGAUGGUUGAUGAUGAUUCAUAUGAUACUCUUUGUGGUCCUGAUGUUGCUGUGGAUAGGCUUAUAUUCAUGAUGCGUGAGAGAAGUUGGAAAUAUCGUUUGGUUGUUGUGUAUCAUGCGGAGGAGAAUGAUAGCGAUGAGGAUAGUGAGCCAAAUGUUCGUGAAGCCUCUCCGAUACUCUGA